AUGGAAGCUAAAACCAAAUUCAAAUCUGAUUCUACCGAGUGGCAUUGGUGGCUGUUAGUGGCGGUGAUCGCUGUUCUCGUUGCCGGAGCUGUGUACAUCACCGUUUGGAGAAACUUCCAUGACCUUCAAAACAAGCUUCCUCAUAUUCGGAGGCCACCUAGAGGUGUUACGCAGAAAUAUAGUGAUGCUCUUCGCAUUUCUACGCAAUUCUUCGACGUUCAAAGAUCUGGGAGAUUGGAGAACAAUCAGAUUGAAUGGAGAGGAGAUUCAGGACUACGAGAUGGAAAAGAGGAAAAUAUUGAUCUAUCCAAAGGACUGUAUGAUGCCGGAGAUCUAAUAAAAUUUGGUUUUCCGAUGGCUUUCACGGCCACCAUUCUGGCAUGGUCAAUCCUAGAAUAUGGUCAACAUAUGGAAGCAGUAAAAGAGCUUAAACAUGCUCAAGAGUCACUGAAAUGGAUCACUGAUUACCUCAUAAACGCUCAUCCUUCUGACAAUGUGCUCUACAUUCAGGUGGGUGAUCCAGAUAUAGACCAUAAAUGCUGGGAAAGGCCUGAAACUACCACAGAAAAGAGGCCGGCCAUCCAAGUGAACAACUCUUAUCCGGGCUCAGAUGUUGCAGCCGAGACGGCAGCUGCAAUGGCGGCUGCAUCUUUAGUUUUCAAGAAUCAUGACGCCCAUUAUUCCAGAUCGUUGCUCAAGCAUGCCCAGAAAUUGUUCGAGUUUGCUGAUAGUUAUCCAGGAAUUUAUAGUAAAAGCAUCCCACAGAUACAAGAUUACUAUAACUCUUCUGGAUAUCUUGAUGAAUUACUGUGGGCGGCAUCGUGGCUCUACCAUGCCACCGGAGAUGGAUAUUACAUCAGUUAUGUGACCGUAAUGCACGGAAAUGCAUUCGCUAAUUGGGGUAACCCGACUUGGCUUUCUUGGGAUGAUAAGCUGGCUGGAAUGCAGGUCUUAUUAUCGAGGGUCAAUUUCUUGAAUGCGGAAAACGAUAUCUCAAUCGGAGAAAAUAUGGACCUCCAGAUGUACCGUAGAACUGCCGAGGCUCUUAUGUGCAGAAUUCUAUUGCCAUCACCAACAAGCCAGAAAACUAGUGGUGGUUUGAUAUGGGUGAACGAGUGGGAUUCGUUACAAUACUCCAUUGCUACCUCGUUUCUAGCGGUAGUUUUUAGCGACUACAUGUUUACGUCUAAAACGCCAUACCUAUAUUGUAGCGGGAAAUUAUACGAACCAAUGGACCUUCGUGAGUUUGCUAUUUCACAGGCUGAUUAUGUGUUGGGAAAUAACCCGAUGAACAUGAGCUAUCUAGUCGGCUACGGGCUUAAGUACCCUCAAUAUGUGCACCAUCGGGGUGCCUCGAUACAAGUUAAUGCAACUACAGGUUGUGAAGACGGCUUCAAGUGGCUUAACUCCACGAAACCUAAUCCUAACCUUGCGAUUGGAGCGGUUGUUGGCGGACCAUUCCUCAAUGACACAUACAUUGACUCACGUAACAACUCAAUGCAAGCCGAACCUACCACCUAUAAUAGCGCCUUCUUUGUUGGUCUUUUGUCGGGAUUAGUUACCUCUUCAUCUGUGGUUCGAUCUUUCACAUGA